GAUUCUAGGCGGUGAAGAAGGCGCUGCCUGUGCGGGUGCGAGGAGGACCGUGAGCACCGCGGCCCAGGCCGAGCUCCCUCCGCUCUGUUACCCGGGAGAGGCGGCUAAAGGGGCGUCGGGGCUGGGAGGGAAUGGGGGUCGCUCUGGGAGGUCCGGGCAGUACGGCUGCGAAGUGGGGUCGGACGGGCGCCUCCUCCGCGGGUACUCGCAGUGGGGCUACGACGGCGCGGAUUACAUCUCCCUCGCUGAGGACCUGAGCUCCUGGGUGGCGGCGGACACCGCAGCUCUGAUCACGCAGCGCAAGUGGGUGGAGGCCGGUGCUGCAGAGCACGACAGGGCCUACCUGGAGGGCACCUGCGUGGAGUGGCUCCGCAGAUACCUGGAGAACGGGAAGGAGACGCUGCAGCACGCAGACCCCCCAGAGACUCACGUG